CUGGAGUUUUGCAACAUGGCGCCUCACACUUUGAUGUUGUUUUGAGUGUUUUGGAAUUUUAGGCCCCUUUUAACUGAAGUUAAGAAUGAAUUCGUACAUAACCAAAGGCCGUGUGGCCGUGGCGAGUUGUGUCGCGCUGCUUGGGGCUGCCUGCUACGGUGUCAUAGUGUAUCCCAUGAAACACGCGCAAGAAUACAUGCGUAUCCAGGAUGAAGUACGGCAAGGGAUAGACCGAGAACAAAUCCAGCCUGGAGGCAUGAGGAUAUGGUCCGACCCCUUCAAGGAGCGAGUGAAAGAAGAGCCUCUUUAUCUUCAAAAACUUAGAAAAGAGAGAGGAGGUUGAGUCAGUGUUUAGAUUGAUAGGUCACGUUAAGUAAUUAUGAUUGUAAAUAAACUGUACUUGUUUCAUAUUU